UUCUUAUCGUCCUAAGGAAGCAAAUCGGAUUUCGAGUAUAUAAACCGUUUACAUGAUCUGCCUUCGGGUAAACACUUUUUUAAUUGAGAUAUGUGACAUCUCUGAUUUUAGGCAUGGGUAAAUUAUCUAGUCGGUACGUAGAGUUGAUGGAUUUGUUUUAAUACAAAGUAUGGAUGGAUAUAAAAAAAGUACAAUAUAACUUUUAAAGUUAUCGCAAUGCGAUAUUAAAUAGGUCGUGAUGGGGUCCGAAGCCGAGCUGUUAGAGGAAAUGAACAAAAACAUGGCAUUGGCGGUUUUACCGGUCACGAUAUUCGUCGGCAUUGAAGUCGCAGUCGGCUUCGUCGGGAAUCUGCUAGUGAUAUACGUGUAUCUCUUCCGGUACCAUACAUGCAACUUCCGGUACUUUGUACUGUGUUUGGCGCUCCUUGAUUUCGCGAGUACCGCGACAACGAUGCCAGGCGAAAUAAUAACGCAACAAAACUGGUAUGCCUACCCUUUACCGGUUUUCUGUAAGGUCAAGUCGUUUUUCAACAUUUUUACGGUAGCAGGUGAGGCGCUGUGUCUGUGCAUUAUAGCUGUCGACCGAUACCGGAAAGUAUGCGCGCCGUUUGGAUGGCAGAUAAAAGCCCGGCACGCCUUACUGUUGUGUGGUGUCAUCCUCGCCAUUUCCGCCAUCCUGGCGUCUCCAGUUCCGUUCUUCUGGGGAGUCACAAAACAGGCCACCCGUUACAAGGACACCGUUGUCAACGCGACAUUGUGUGAGAAAGAUAGAAACUUUAUUAAUUCAAACGCUCCGUUUAUUUAUGUUACCAUCGCCGAGGUGGGUAUUUCCAUUUGCCUACUGGUUAUGUUUGUUCUCUACAUUUUUGUGGCAAAGAAGUUAAUACUAAACGAACGCAGAUUUCGCCGCCAUUCAGUUCCCAAAUGUGCGUAUGUCCGUACAAGCUCCACCCCCAGUACCGCGAACGCACUCGGUUCGGUAAAAUCGCGGACAGAAGAAAGCUAUUGCUCGAUGUCUGAUGAAGUGACACAAGUACACUCGCAACAAGAAGAUGCGUCGGAAAAACAAAUUUAUCUAGAGACAGAAAAUAGCUUAGAUUUUUCCAGUGAUAUUGCAGUUGACAUGGAAGAUGUUAGGUCGGAAACGAUGGAGACAGUUGACAAAUACCAUCCUGAUCAGAACCGUACCCAGAAGUUGAAAACUUUUAAAGAGUGUUUAAAGGUGCAUCGUCAGCGACUUAACAAGGUCCGGCGCAAGACGUUUAUUAUGAUCAUCGUAACGACGGUGUUUAUCAUUACAUGCAUCCUGUACCUCACUCUUCUAGCAUUCAUCUCAAGAGCAGACGACAUCUUGUGGCACAUGAACGACAACGAAAAAGCGGCGUAUUUCUUCUUCUUCCGGUUGGUGUUUAUCAAUCAUGUGAUCAACCCGAUCAUAUACGGAUGUUUGGACCAGCAGUUUAAAGCCGUUCUAUCAGAUGUGACACACUCGAUACUUCGUGUUUGCCAUUUGAAAUCAAAAGAGCUCAAUAGAAAGUAAAAUUAUUUGACCGAAAAAUUGGACCCAUUUUUACCGUCUCAAACAUUCGCAAAUAAUAUAUCUCAAUUUUAAACAUUUAUUGACAUUUUCGUUGUACUUAAACAUACUAGAAUGCCUAAGUUUAUUUGAUUUUUUUGUAAACUUGUUCAGAAAUAAGUGUUUAAUCUUUAUUCUAAUGCAUUGUGUUCGAUUUCAAAAUGAUUAGACAUAUUCAAUUAAUUUGCUUGUUGGUAUUAAAAGCAAAACUAAAAAUCAGUCACGUUGUCAGGUAGUUCAGGAAAGAUCAAAGUGGAAAUUUGGUUUCGCAGAUUUUGCAGGCUGAUAACUUGUUUUAUAAGAACGUUCAUGUUGCUAAUCUGUGUAAUUAUUUAUAAAUAUUCUAUUGGUCUUAAACAAGGUGUCUCACUAACGCCACUUGCAUUCCGCAUUUUUUAAAGAUUGGUAAAUGAUAUCAGGUUGUUGUAACAGUGACUUCUAUUGUCUGUAAAGAUCUAUAUUAUUUAUGCUAUUCUAUGAAUGUAUAGUAUUAUCAAAUCAUAAGUCUGGAAUACAAUAUAAUUGUAUAGUAAGUGCACCUAUCUGUAAUUUCAUGUAAUGAUCGUUUACGUAUUAAGCCUACACUGUUCUUGUACAUGUGCAAUUUAUAAUGUUGCAUACUAUUUAUAUUUAUUUCGAGUAUUCUGCAUUUAGAAUGUCAUAAACCAUGCACUACAAUA